ACUUGCAGCCGCGCAGAAGCGAGCAGCAUGUCGUUCGAGUCGGAGCUGCGUGGCGCCGCGGCCGCCGCCACCACCGCCCUGGUAGUGGCCAACCCCGUGCUCAGGGACUAUGCCUACUACAGCGCGCUGCUCGGGUUCAAGGUGCUCGCCAUGGGGCCGCUCACGGCGCGCCAGCGCUUCCGCAAGAAGGUGUUCGUAAAUCCUGAAGAUUCAAAGUUUUUUGAUGGUUCCUUAAAACAGGAUGAUCCAGAUGUGGAAAGAGUUCGCAGGGCCCAUCGCAAUGAUCUAGAAAACAUCCCUGUUUUCAUGUUGAUUGGUGGUUUGUAUACACUGACUAAUCCAGAUCGAGAAUUGGCACUAAAUCUGUACCGUGGAUACUUUGCUUUCCGACUUGCACACACUAUUGUGUAUGCAGUGUAUCCAGUCCCACAGCCGGCAAGAGCACUUUGCCAUUUUGGAGCACUGUCGAUUUGUGUCUUUAUGGGAUUUAAGGUUUUAAAGUUUUUCUAUUAAGACAGAUUGUUUGAUUAAAGAAACACAAUCAUUAGCUCAUACUUCCAGCAUCUUUGUGUUACAUGAAAAACGUGUACUAUUAUUCCAAAUUAACAAUGUUUACUUACUUAUUAACUUAGUGUUUCACAUUUGAACCUAUUUUGCUGUAGUUUGGAUUAUUACAAUCUGUCAGUAAAUUUAGCAGUUUUUCUACUUUUUUACAGACAUUAUAAGUAAACAAAUAUGAAUCAUAUUUUGGAAAUGCAAUAUAUAUUUUUAAGAUUUGAAUGAUUACAAAACUGAGCUACUUUAAGUUUCAUUAAUAAAUUCAUUCUUUUGUACACACAUUUAAGCUUUGUAAGUAUAGUUGACAAUAAAGUUCCAAAAGAUUUGUUGUUAGGGAAUGACUUUAACAAUGGACUCACUUCACUACUGUAUUCAAAUGACUCAUAGCAUAUUUGUAAACAUUCUCCUCUGUAAUGGCUCAAUAGAGUAUGAAAUAUGAAUAAAUGUGGGUGUGGAAUGGACAGGAAACACAUCACUGGGCUCUGCCAGCUAUCACAAGUUAAUUUUAUAUGCUGAAUUCCUUACAAGUGUUCAUUAACAAAAAGUUCUGUUGGUGCAAUAAAACUUGGCUUUUUUCCUAUAA